GUAACAGGAUCAGUCAUCGUUUUCUCCUUUUGGCUGUUCCACACUGAAUCCCCAGCAGCAGCCGCGCUUCUCUCUUCACAACUCGAACUCUCCUGCCCUUUUCCGAUUUCAAAGAUCAGAUCCACGAUGGCAUCCAAUAAGAAGCGCCCGGCAUCGCUGUCGACACAGGCCGCAGCGUCCUUCCAGUCAAGCCAAGUCAACCAGCAGCCCGCCGUCGCCGCGUCUGCCGCUGCCGUCAGCGAUGAGGUUCGCGCGCAAGUCCAGGAAGCGUUUGAGCUCUUUAAUUCGUCCGGGCGUGAUGCCAUUGACGAGAAGGAGCUCGAGUUGGCACUUUCGGCUCUCGGAAUUGACAUUACCAAGGAGGCUGCAAAGAAAUUGAUCGCAGAUGUGGAUACGGAGGGCUCCAAAACCAUCAAAUUUGCAGACUUUAGCACGUAUGCGAUUGCUCGACUGAGCGAGCGGAGCAUCGACGAUGAAAUCAUCAAGGCAUUCCGGCUGUUUGACCCCGAAAAUACUGGUCGAAUCACCGCGAAAAACCUCAAACACAUUGCCACCGUGCUUGGUGAGGAAGCGUCCGAUCAAUUGCUGCAAGACAUGAUUGCAGAGGCGGAUAGCACACACACUGGGUCGGUAUCACAGGCAGAUUUUGUUCGUAUUUUGAAGCGUGCUGGGUUGUAACGAAUGAAGUUUGCUUUUGUCUUGUGGUUUUCUUUCUUUUGGGGGGGGGGGAAUUACCACGCCUCUAUUGCCCUCCUUGCGAAAACUAC